AAUAAUCUCAGAGAAGAGGAAAUUACGAAGAAUUAUGUUGGAAUUUUUAAAAAGGAUUAUGGCCUUAUAUUUGAAUAUCUGGAAUAUGGUACAAGCCUUCAGCGUUGCUUCGUCCAUAUCUUUUAAAGCUUUAAUUUUGGGUAUUCUAGAUGCUACAAGCUUCGUAAUAUCUUUUUGUACAGUGAUAGCUUUAUUGUAUUCAGAGCUCAUUAAAGAUCUUUUGAAAACUAUGUUAUACGCAGCUAUUACGAUCAGCAACCGAAUCACCUGGACGUUAAAUAUCCUGAGAAUAUCCUGUAAACAAGAGGAAGAGUUUGUUCAGGUAGAGCCGGUUAGUUGUGAAACAUUUAAACAUUUAUAUGAAUCUAAUUGCAGUGCUUCUAACUUACAUGAAGACUGCGAAACCCCACAAAGCCCACCGGCUGUAAUAAAAACAGCUUCAACACUAAAUAUAUCGCAAGAAAUUUGUAAACAAGAGAAAAAAUUUGUUCAGCUGAAGCCAGCCAGUUAUAAAACUUUUAAUGAUGGUUUAUAUGAAUCUAAUUGCAGUGCUACUAGUUUACAUGAAAACUGCAAAAUCCCACAAAGCUCUCCUGCUGUAAUGAAAAUGAUUUCAACUGAAAUAAAUAACAGAAUAUGUCCAUCAUUUUCAGAGACACCACCAAGCCCAUCUUGCGUAGUAGAUAUUAGGCGAAAUGAAGUUUAUUUUAGUACCAGUGGUUCAAACUUGUAUAGCAGUGAUGAAAAUUUGCUAUGUGAGGAAAAGUCUUCUUUCGAUAAAAAAUUGUAUAGUUUAAGAAGAGCUGGAAGCAGCAAAAUUAAAAAAAGUGUUAAAAGACUGAAAGAAAUUAACUCUAGGUUAGAAAAAGUAGAGCAAGAAAGGAAGCAGAUAUUUUCAGAAAACUUGGAUUACUUCAAAAUAUUUACACCUAAAAAUUCAAGCAGUCCAGAGGAGAAAAGUUGCUGCUUUGGUUUUCUUUCCAAAUUAAGGAUCAAGCAGAGAAACCAUACAUUAAGUUCUGAUCUUUAUAAAACCUUUUAAUGAUGCCACGCUUUAUGUUAAUUUCUGCUUAAUGCUUUAUAUUAGAGCUGCAAGAAAGUCAUUUAAUUAGGAUAAGAGAGCAAGAAAGAAUGAAGAUAUUUUCAGAAAACUCUGAUUACUUCGAAAUUAAAGCAGUCCAGAGCAGAAAAUUGGCUGCUUUGGUUUUCAUCCCAAAUUAAGGAUCAAGCAGAGAAACUAUACAUUAAGUUCAGAUCUUUAUAAAAACUUUUCAAAUUAUGUUAUGCUUUAUAUUAGUUUCUGCUUAAUGCUUUAUAUUAGAGCUGCAAGUCAUUUAAUUAGAUUUUUAAUUGUAUUUAUAAUUUUUAAUGUUCCCAAUUUGCGGAAAUACCUUCUAUUAAACUUGGAGUGUUAACUACUCCCAAUAAUUCUGCUUUUAGUAUUCGCUAUUUUAGCAAAACAUCGGCAAGUUU